GAGACGUUCCCCUCUGUUGAGGCAAAUAUUGUUCGCGAACCCUCUCUUCCCCCUUCACCGUCUUCAUCGACCGCGUCCACGGCACGGAAUGGACUUUCUCAAAUCCGCCGUAGCAUCCAUCGCGAAAGGUCCGGCAUUUCCUUAUUCAUUUGGCGACAAAGUUGGGAAUGAUCAAUCCAUAUGGACACUCUACAAUGGCACAAAAAGGGAGGACAAUUCAAAAUGUAGCAUUUUCACCUUCGACAUCAAUACCCAUCGAUCACGACUCCCCCUGGCGAGGAAUGCGCUGCGCAAGUUCCGUACCCUAAGACACCCUGGCAUCCUUCGAGUACUGGACACGCUUGAGACAGACACCUUGAUCUACAUUGCCACCGAACGCGUCACUCCCUUGUCCUGGUCGACGAAGCGCAAAGCCGCCUCGGAGCAGAGUCUCAUCUGGGGCCUACACAGCGUCGCCAAAACCUUGAAAUUCAUCAACGAUGAAGCCAGCUCGGUGCAUGGCAACAUCCGCGCCUCCUCCAUCUUCGUCAGCGACAGCGGCGAGUGGAAGAUUGGGGGGCUGGAGAUUCUCAGCUCCAUGAAAGAGGAUGACGCUAUAAUAUUUGCCCAUGGAAGCCUUGUGCCGGAUAUCGCACGAUAUGCACCUCCAGAGAUUGCAAAGAGUGGGUGGGAUGGCGUGCGGAACAACCCUGUUCAUGCAGUGGAUGCGUACGACUACGGUAUCCUGAUAACAGAGGUGUUUAAUGGUUCUUUUACCGGAUCCGAGCAAGUGGGAUCGACGAAGAACAUCCCUUUGACUAUGCACGCCAGCUACAAGAGAUUGACUCAUGCGGCGCCAAAGAUGCGGCUCAGUGUCGCACAUUUCCUCGAGCAAGGCAGCAGGAGUGGUGGCUUCUUCGACACUCCCUUGAUCGAACUUACCGAGGGAAUUGAUAAUCUGGGCCUGAAAGACGACAUGGAACGAGAAGCAUUCCUUGGUGAACUGGAAAAGGUGACCGAAUCCGACGACUUUCCCGAGCAAUUCUUCCAAGUCAAGGUUCUGCCCGAGCUGCUGAAAGCCGUCGAGUUUGGAGGUGGAGGUCCUCAGGCAUUGACACUGGUGAUGAAAAUCUCCACCAAGCUCUCGGAAGACGAGUACGACGCGCAACUCACCCCGGUCAUCAUUCGCCUCUUUGGCAACCCCGAUCGAGCGUUGCGAGUCUGUCUGCUAAACAACCUCCCGCUGAUGAUUGAUCAUUUGAGUCAGAAGGUUGUGUCGGACAAAAUCUUUCCCCAAAUGGUCACGGGGUUCGGAGAUCUGGCCCCCGUGGUGCGAGAGCAGACUGUCAAAGCCGUACUGGUCGUCGUUCCCAAGCUUUCCGAGAGAGUCAUCAAUGGCGAGCUGCUACGCCAUCUCGCCAAGACGGCCAACGAUGAGCAGCCUGGGAUCAGGACGAACACGACGAUAUGUCUUGGAAAGAUUGCUCGAAACCUUGGAGCCAAUUCCAGGGCAAAAGUCCUUACUGCCGCCUUCUCGCGAGCCCUGCGAGAUCCUUUCGUUCACGCACGCAAUGCUGCGCUACUGGCACUCGCAGCUACCGCCGACAUCUUCGGCGAGGACGACUGUGCCAACAAGAUGCUUCCGGCAAUAUGUCCAUCAUUGGUGGACAAGGAAAAGAUGAUCCGAGACCAAGCCAACAAGACCCUGAACAUCUAUCUGGAGCGCGUACGAAAGUACAGCGCGAGUCUUCCCGACACCGUCCUCCCACCACCCGAAAGCACCUCCGCGCCGAAUACCCGAAUGCCCACGCCGCAGCCGGGUGCGGGCAGCCAGUUGAUGGGCUGGGCAAUCUCCUCCUUCACCAACAAGAUCAGCUCGGCAAGUGGAGAGAUUCAACCGAGCAGUAAUGGGGUUAAGCCGUCGGCGGUGGCGGCGGCGGCGGCGACGGCGGCAGCGGCACGAUCCCACUCCACUCCGACCGCCAACGGGUCUGCCCGGCCGGCAAAUGCACAGCAUGUAUCCACUUCCAGUGUCCCGCAAGUGACGACUGGAUUGCGGACAGCUACUGUUGCGCCAGAUAGCGAAGCGGAAGCGGAAGAUUUCGACGAAGGCUGGGGCGACAUGAACGAUAUUGCCGGCACAUGGGGCGACGCAGAGGAACAACCAUGGGCCGGGAUGUCCUCGUCCACCACACGCACAGCCGCACCGGCCAGCACAGUCCCCUUUGACGACGGGGGAGAGCCGGACUUUGAGGGUUGGCUGAACGCACAGGCACAAGCCAAGUCUCAAGGCGGCGGCCGGAAAGCCUUGCCUAAAGGCCUGGCGAAGAAAACGACCGUGCCAUUGCGGCCAGCCGCGGCUGCUGCAACGACUGCUGCUGCAAAAGGCAACUCCGCCGCGGCUCGGAAGAAGGUGGUAUCAGCGGCGGCUCCACCGCCCCCUACUGCCGCUGCUGCUACUACCAAGGCGGCGGAAGAAGAGGAUGAGGGUUGGGGUGACGCUUGGGGGUAGGAUUGGGUGGUGUGCACUUGUGUUAAAUUUCCGAUGCUGUCUCGAUAGAAGUAUGAUACCCACACACGACUCUGCCGGCCGGCAUAACGAUGAUGGUUGUUUCGCAAGGAAUUUUUUUCUUCA